AGCUCAGGUUGUGGGGUUCGGCAGGUGUAUACUUUUCUCUUACGUCUCUCUAUUUAAAGCUAUAAUCCCUCAUUCUUCCCUUUCAUGCUUUCUUCACACGCUCCCCCCUAUUUCAUUUACCACCAAAUUUACUUCAUUUUCUGCCACGCCUCCUUACAUCAUUAUUCCCCUGUUACUACUACUUCUUCUUCCUACUCUUCAGCUCAUAUAAUCUCCAAAAAAAACUGAAAACCGUGCCUGUUUUUUCUUCCCAUAUUGGUGAUUGAAUUUCCGUGUGGAAUCUGCAUCGUUUGCAAUCUGCAUUAUCAAUCAACCGGGCGGUAUUUGACUUUAAGAUGGGGAAUUGCCAAGCGGCAGAGGCAGCAACAGUGGUGAUUCAACAUCCAGGCAACAAAGUAGAGAGAAUUUACUGGUCUAUAAGUGCACAUGAAGUCAUGAGUUCGAAUCCUGGCCAUUACGUGGCCCUUGUUAUCACUUCUCCAACUGAGAGAACACACAAUGGUUCGCCAGUGAGACAGCUUAAGCUUCUCCGCCCCGGCGAUACUUUGCUUCUUGGACAAGUUUAUCGGCUCAUCGCCUUCGAAGAUGUAUUGAAAGAGUUUGCUGCAAAGAAGUGCGUGAAACUUGGCAAGUUACUAAGGGAAAGUGGAGGCCUUGUUCUCGAUUCAAAGAAAAUCUCCGUCGAUCCUUCAGCAGUGCACAACAAGCCCAGAUUGGUAAAUGGAAUUCCAGCUAAGAUGGAACAUGAAACUUAUCAACAUGGAAGCAGUAGUGGGCAGAGAAGUGUGGGAAGACAUCAUGGUGGUGGGGGGCAAUGGAAACCAGCCUUACAGAGUAUUGCAGAGAUUGGAACUUGAACUAUACCCACCCACUCACUCCUAUGCCUAUGUCAAUGUCGAUGCAUAUUUUCCUACCUUGGCUAAGCCUUUCCCCAAAAAAUAAGAAAAGAUAGCAACUCAAUUGUCCCUAGCGACUAGUACGUAAUUAGUUUAGAAAAUUACCCACUUUAUUACUACAUUAAUUAAUGGAGAUGAUGUUUGACGGAUUCGCUCUAAAGAAUUCCAUGUGCUUAGCUGCUUAUUUUCAAGUUCGACGUAAUUAAAAUAAUUACCUGCUUGGCAUCAUA